GUAAACGUUUGGGUCUGACGAGACUUUCCGAAAAGAAUUCUUAACCCUUAACUGAUCUCUGGUCUUGAUUCAUUUGAAUGCAAUGGGAAUAUUUACUUAGCUGAAGAACGGCAUUUCCCAUGAUUCGUUGAAAAUUUAUUUUUCAUUUAUUUAUUUAACUAAACAUUUUCCUCCGAAUUCACUCACUGGUACGAUAUAUGCAUGCAGCGGCGGGUUUAGAUCCCAUUUGCGUCUAAACGUGGGACGCGCACCAGUACCGUAGGGGAACAUUUCGAUGUCCGGUACAGAAUCGCGGCGGAACUCAAGAAAGCGCACUCUCGAGGCCGCUUUCAGCGAUCAGCUUUCAGAUGACGAUCAUAUCAUUUCAUCCGUUCAAAAUGGAACAUCCCAACAUAGAACAACUUCAAGCGUACAUUUGAAGUCCAAGGCUAUAUCCACUAGUUUAAAAAGAAUCCAGAAAGAGUUAGCUGAUAUAAUGUCUGAUCCUCCUCCGAAUUGCAGCGCAUUCCCUCGAAAUGACAAUCUGUUCGAAUGGGUUUCUACCCUUUUGGGUCCUCCAGGAUCCGUCUACGAAGGCGGUAUUUUUUUCCUAGACAUACACUUUUCCACUGAAUAUCCGUUUAAACCGCCCAAGGUCACUUUUAAAACUCGCAUCUACCACUGUAACAUCAACAGCCAAGGCGUGAUAUGUCUGGAUAUUUUAAAAAAUAAUUGGUCCCCGGCACUCACCAUAAGCAAAGUGUUGCUCUCCAUCUGCUCAUUGUUGACGGACUGCAAUCCAGCGGAUCCACUUGUAGGAUCUAUUGCACAUCAAUAUUUACACAAUCGAGCUGAACACGAUCGGAUUGCUCGACAGUGGACUCAAAAAUAUGCAAGUUCAAUUACCUAUCCGGCGAAUUCUACUCGCUUGACAAGUGAUCCUUCGUCACGCAGUAGUUCAACUGCCCCUGCACAUUCUCCUGCUGUUCACUCCACCGACUCUUCUGAUGUUGGCCUAUCGGGACCUGGUCGAGACGAAUGUGGAAGCCUCGUAAGUGGCAGCUCCAGCACUACAGCCAGUGUUGAUGUUCCCAGCGACGAAGGCAGUGACAGUCUCGAUGGUGUGUUGGAAGAAGAAGAUACUCAACCAUCGCCUAUUGUUGCCCCUACUUCGGACACUUCAUCCAAACCCGUCAUUACGCCGCGGCGAUGA